UUUUUUUUUUUUUUUUUUUUGUUUGAGUCAGGGUCUUGCUUUCUCACCCAGGCUAGAGUACAAUGGCACAGUCAUGGCUCACACAGCCGCCAACUUCUGGGCUUAAGGGAUCCUUCCAUCUUAGCCUCCUAAUAAAUAAGUAGCUAGGACUACAGGUGCAUAUCACCACAUCUGGCUAAGUUUUUUUUAUUAUUAUUUUUUAGAGAUGGGUUCUUGCGAUGUUGCCCAGGCUGGUCUUAAACUCCUGGCCUCAAGUGAUCUACCCACCUCAGCCUCCCAAGUUGCUGGAAUUACAGGUGUAAGCCACUGCACCAAGCUGUUGUAUUAAUACUUUUUAACAGAAUUAAUCUGGUUGCUGUGUUGAGAAAAGACUAGAGCAGGACAAUCAGAGGCAAAAACCAAUUAGAAGGCUGUUGGAAAAAUUCAUAAAUGUUGGUAAUUUGGACCAGAGAAGUAAUAGUUUCGAAAUGGUAAGCAGUAGUUAAACUUGGAUAUAUUUUCAAGAUACAUCUGAAAGGAUUGAUGGAUUGGAUAUGGGAUGUGAGAGAAUAAGGUGUGAAGGAUGACUGCGAGAUUUUUGGAUAUUAAUCUUAAUGAAAUGUGUAAGUAAUUCCUUCUCAAACAUUUUUAGGUUGGUAAUUUUUAUUUUCAAUUCUUAGGAGUUUAGUUGGUUUGACUAAGAAAUGUAAAAGCUGGUGAUCGUGGCUCUUUUCUCAGAAGAUAUAUUUUCCAGUGAUUAUAGUGUAAUACAUAAUUACUGUAUUGAAAACAUCAAUAACAGCUGCUUAAGUCAGGGUUCUGGCAGGAACCCUGUAAUGGAAAAGAAUUUAAUAAACGGAUUAUUUACACAUUAUGGGCAGGUUAAGGGAAAUCAGCAAGUGAUAUUGGCCAGGUUUGCUAGGAACACCAGGCUGUUAGGAACAGCUCUUAACACUCCUAGGUGUCUAAAAGGGGACAGAGAGAAGAAGUGGUUACCUGAAUCAGCAAGAGCUAUAAGUAUGUGAGAGAGCUGCCUAAUGGGCCAUUACUAGAAGAACCUCAGUAAGGAAGGGAACCACAGCCAAUCUGGACUGCUGGUGCCUCCAUGCAGGUGAGGUUCCUAGGGUGCAGAGUAGAGUAGAGAAGGUUAGAGAGUGGCUUUGGAGGGUCAAAUGGAAAAUAUACAGCAUUGCAGAUAACUUUUAAGCCCUACCUUAAAACAAACAAAUACACUUAUGUACUUCAAGUUUAAAAGAGAUGAAUGAAGAACAUAAUUAUUUAGUGGUAGAAAGUUAUGAAAACUCAGUUGGGUAGGUUUUAAUGACAUUAAACAGAAUUAGUACAGCUAAAAAUCAACCAUAAAAUUUGGUGAAGUCUUUAGAGGUUUUAUAUCAUAUUAAAUGUUUUACUUUGGACUUACAAAGUUAAAAAUGCUUUUUAUCUUUUUUAUGUGUUUCACUUAGAAUUAAUUGAAUAUAGUAUUUUAUAACUUCAGAAAUAAUAAGAAAUAUGCUUUAUAUUUCUUAAGUAUUUAAAAGCUGUUUUGUUGUGUCUUUUUGUUCCCUUUAAUAUAAAGCAGUUCAGAUUUAGUUUAGUCCUUGAAAUUUAUUUCAGUUGAAAGAAAGCUCAAAUCAUCACAUCUAACUUUGUUGUUGUCAAUUUUGCAUAUUUAAUUCAUUUUGUUUUUAGAGACAUCAUCACACUUCUUAACCAGUAGUGGAUUCUACUGAAACACUGUCAGUGACUGGGAACUCAGCAUUUAAAGGGAACUCAGUUCUUUGUUGGGUAGAUAGAAGUUUGUUCCAUUUGCAUAGACUUCUGUGGUUUGGUCUGUCUCCUAUUUCAGGAGCAAAUGAAGCCUAUUAUUCCAUAAGAUGGAAAUCUGAAGACAGUUGUCUGUCUCUGUUCUGCUCUUCCAUAUUGCUAAAUAUUUUCUUCUCCACACUGGUUUCUACAGUCUUACCUUACUGAUUCAACAAUGUUCUUCCUGUCCCAUCUCACCUUGCCUCAAUCUUCCGCUAGGCUUCUGUGAUACCAUACUCUUGGGGGUUUUCCUCUUGUUUCUUGGAGAGUGAAUGUCCAGUCUCCUUGUGGGCUUUUUUCACUCUUUUUUUCACAGUUCCUUUAGAUGUUGGUGUUUUUGAGCUGCUGUAGGUCUUACUUUUCUUCACACUGGGCAGUCUCAUCUGUCCAUAUGCUUAGAUCCGUAAGUUGAUGGCUCCCAAAUCUCUCUCCCAUCUCCACACCUAUAUUUCUAUUUGUCUGUUGAGCAUCUCCAUUUGGAUGUCUCACAGACAUCAAAGUACAUUCAAAACUGAGCUUAUGUUUUUCUAAAUCUUGUGUCCUUCCUAUGUUCCCUGGCUCAAUGUGUAUGUACUGUCAACCUCAACUGAAAUGUGAGUAUUUUCCUUGACUCCUGCUUUCCUUCCCAGUCUAAUCAAUCAUCAGGUGUUAUUAAGGCUAGCGCUUAAGUAUCACUCUAAUCCAUCCUUUUUUUUUUCCAUCUUCAUUGUUUAGUAACUUAAUUCAGUCCUCAUGGUUAUUGCAUGCGACAACCACUUCCAAACCUGCAAAAACCAUAUGAAGUGUAGGGAGUGUUGGUAGGAAGUAUUUUUAACUCAACCUGUGAGGAAAUACAGAUUCAGAGAGGUUAAGUAAGAACUCAGAUCUCUGUAGUGUCGUAGUACAUAUUUUAACUAAGUCUAAAAUGAAGGGCUUUGUUUUUAGCAUUCUAAAUUUCUCCAGAAGACAUUAUCUCCAAUAAUACCAUCCUGGGUGGUGGAGCAAGACCUGUCUCAAAACAAACAAAACCACCAAAGCCUUUCAUUUUAAAUUCUAAUGUAGUGUUUAAAGUACAUUUAGAUAGCAGAGAUAUUGUAUGCCAUUUGUCAAUUACAUGAGGAUUAAAACCUCACCUGAGCCAUACUGCACUUUCUGUUUAGAAGGAUGAAUCAUUUCUGGGAAUUCAAUUUUGUAAUUUAAGUGGAAAAUUUAAAACUUUAAGUCUUCAACAUGAGUAUUUUAUGUACAUAAUUAUAGGAAACCAAUAUUCUUUGUAGCUAACUGUUGAAUUAAGUUCAAAAACCUUUCAAAGAUGAUUCAAAGUCUUUUUAAAAAGAUUAAAGUACACAGCUUUUCAGCCAGUAUUGGUGAAGAAACAUUUUGAGAGUAUGAUGGAAUAAAACAUCUUCUUAGAAAUUUCAGCUGUUUUUGUUGAGAUUUGUUCUCUUCACAUUUGUCUUUAAAAAAAAGAAAAAAGAAAGGAAGAAAGAAAUAUUCUCAAAGUUGCUUUCAAAUCCCAACACUUUGGGAGGCCGAGACAGGAGUAUUGCCUGAGGCCGGGAGUUCUAGACCCCUUGGGCAACAUUGCAAGACCUUGUCUCUACAAAACAUUUUAAAAAUUAGCUGGGUGUGGUGGUGUAUGCCCGUAGUCCUAACUACUUUGGGAGGCUGAGUGGGGAGGAUCACUUGAGCCCAAGAGGUUAAGGCUGCAGUGAGCUUUGAUUGCCCCACGACACUGCAGCCUGGGCAAUGGAGCAAGACCCUGUUUCAAAACAAACAAACAAACAAACAAACACAACUACCAAAUUAUAUGUUAUUGUAAGUUGUUUUCAGAGGGAUGAGCUCAAGUGUAAUUAUGAAUGUGGCUCUUCAGAAUUACCUUCACAAUGGAUGAUUGAUAUGUGUUUAAAUUAAGAUCCAGAUAAAUCUGAAGGAAAGCAAACCAUGAAACCUUUAGAGGAAGGAUGCAUAUUGGCUUUCUUAAUGUGGUAGAGAGGAAAACUGAACAUUCUAAAUUUGGCUUCUAGUAAAAUUUUGAUUAAUUUCUUCACCUUCAUUUCCCUAUUGAAAAAUGGAGAAAAUAGUUCCCAGCAGUCUGCAUUAUGAGAUUGUUUUUUAGAUCAAUAUUUAACAGGACUCAAAAGAACAUCACAUCAGUCGUGGAUGCUCUGAAAUCCUACCACUUGAUUGCAACUAUCUUCAACAUCUGGGAAGGAGUAAAGAAAAGAUGGUCCAAACAACUUUUCAUUUCUGUUAUUUGUAAUGUGUUGAUAGUUCUUUCAUUGACUGUAUGACAUGUUUUAUGGAUUCUAAGAAAUAUUUCCCAAUUUUAUUCACUAAAAUUUGGGUGUGUCUUAGAAUUAGUGGCAUAUUACAGUCAAAUUGACUUUUUUUCUUUCUCAGUGGUGUAUAAAAUAUCAGUCUUAAAAUCAAUCAUCUCUGGCUGGGCGCGGUGGCUCACGCCUGUGAUCCCAGCACUUUGGGAGGCCGAGGUGGGCAGAUCACCUGAUGUCAGGAGUUCGAGACCAGCCUCAACAUGGAGAAACUCCGUCUCUACUAAAAAUACAAAAUUAUCUGGGCGUGGUGGUGCAUGCCUGUAAUCCCAGCCACUCGGGAGGCUGAGGCAGGAGAAUUGCUUGAACCUGGGAGGCGGAGGUUGCGGUGAGCCAAGAUCACGCCAUUGCAUUCCAGCCUGGGCAACAAGAGUGAAACUCCGUCUCAAAAAAAAAAAAAAAAAAAAAUCAAUCAUGUCUCAGUUUUGAUGAAAAACAGGAUAUAUGUCUAUUAAUAUUCAAAGUAACAACAAUAACAGUACAGUGGCCACCAUACCUGAGGAUCACUUUUUUGGUUAAGUCAGCAAACAAAGAAAACAUGGUAUUUUGAAAUAUGAUUAAACUCCUGAUGCUGCAGCAGAGGCUAAGAAUAUUAAUGGCCAGAUCUAGUGCACACAUGGUCUUCUGAAGAAGCCAUGGGUAGCUGCUGUAGCUGUCCAGAUAAAGACACUGUCCCAGAUAACCAUCGGAACAAGUUUAAGGUCAUUAAUGUGGAUGAUGAUGGGAAUGAGUUAGGUUCUGGCAUAAUGGAACUUACAGACACAGAACUGAUUUUAUACACCCGCAAACGUGACUCAGUAAAAUGGCACUACCUCUGCCUGCGACGCUAUGGCUAUGACUCGAAUCUCUUUUCUUUUGAAAGUGGUCGAAGGUGUCAAACUGGACAAGGAAUCUUUGCCUUUAAGUGUGCCCGUGCAGAAGAAUUAUUUAACAUGUUGCAAGAGAUUAUGCAAAAUAAUAGUAUAAAUGUGGUGGAAGAACCAGUUGUAGAAAGAAAUAAUCAUCAGACAGAAUUGGAAGUCCCUAGAACACCUCGAACACCUACAACUCCAGGAUUUGCUGCUCAGAACUUACCUAAUGGAUAUCCCCGAUAUCCCUCAUUUGGAGAUGCUUCAUCCCAUCCUUCAAGCAGACAUCCUUCCGUGGGAAGUGCUCGCCUGCCUUCAGUAGGGGAAGAAUCUACACAUCCUUUGCUUGUGGCUGAGGAACAAGUACAUACCUAUGUCAACACUACAGGUGUGCAAGAAGAGCGGAAAAACCGCACAAGUGUGCAUGUUCCAUUGGAGGCGAGGGUUUCUAAUGCUGAAAGCAACACACCAAAAGAAGAACCAAGUAGUAUCGAGGACAGGGAUCCUCAGAUUCUUCUUGAACCUGAAGGAGUCAAAUUUGUUUUAGGGCCAACCCCUGUUCAAAAGCAAUUAAUGGAAAAAGAGAAACUGGAGCAACUUGGAAGAGAUCAAGUUAGUGGAAGUGGAGCAAAUAACACAGAAUGGGACACUGGCUAUGACAGUGAUGAACGAAGAGAUGCACCCUCUGUUAACAAACUGGUGUAUGAAAAUAUAAAUGGGCUGUCUAUCCCUAGUGCCUCAGGGGUCAGGAGAGGUCGUCUGACAUCCACCAGUACCUCAGAUACCCAGAAUAUCAACAACUCAGCUCAGAGAAGAACUGCAUUAUUAAACUAUGAAAAUCUACCAUCUUUGCCUCCUGUUUGGGAAGCCCGCAAGCUAAGUAGGGAUGAAGAUGACAAUGUAGGACCAAAGACCCCAUCUCUAAAUGGCUACCAUAAUAAUCUAGAUCCAAUGCAUAACUAUGUAAAUACAGAGAAUGUAACAGUGCCGGCAAGUGCUCACAAAAUAGAAUAUUCAAGGCGUCGGGACUGUACACCAACAGUCUUUAACUUUGAUAUCAGACGCCCAAGUUUAGAACACAGGCAGCUUAAUUACAUACAGGUUGACUUGGAAGGUGGCAGUGACUCUGACAACCCUCAGACUCCAAAAACGCCUACAACUCCCCUUCCACAAACCCCUACCAGGCGCACAGAGCUGUAUGCCGUGAUAGACAUCGAGAGAACUGCUGCUAUGUCAAAUUUGCAGAAAGCACUGCCACGAGAUGAUGGUACAUCUAGGAAAACUAGACACAAUAGUACUGAUCUGCCCAUGUGAGCCUGGAAAGCAUUAUGUUGUUUGCACCUUUGUGAAGUUUUUAAAAAUGAAGAUGCAAGUGCUUCAUUUUCAUUUCUAAACACUAACUCCUUUUAUAGACUGAUAAAUUUUUUUCUGAAUAUUUCAUGUGCAUCUUUAACUAAAGGGAAUUAAUGUAGAGCAGGUACUCCUUAACACUAAUUUCAUUAUAUACUACUCGUUGUACAGCAGCAUUCCUGUUUUCACAGUGCCUAUUUAAAAUGAGAGUUGAAGUAAAUGACAUGCUGGUUGAUUUUUAUCAAUAUUCUGGACUUAACGCAUAUCUUUUAUGUCUAAGUCAUGGUUGGCUUUUAAAACUUUUUAUAAAGCCUCUUGACAAUGUGCAUUGCUAACAGGUAACUAUAGGCUUUGAAAGUAAUGCUCGUAGAUUCAGUGUUCACAGUAUGUGGCCUCCAGCAUGUAACAUGAGGAAUCCUUUAUUUCAUUAAUUAAUGGCUUUUUGACUUGAGCCAAAACAUAUGUAAAGGAAACAGAAGUACCACACCUCCUCUUAUACCAGUCAGCUCCUUUGCCUUCAGUGUUACUAGAAAGCGGCCUGUGUCCAUGAGUAUGGUUUGCUGUUGGUGCACUGAAAGGCAGGAAGGAGACAAGAUUUUCUAUUUACUCAUCUCAUGAUGUCAUUUGAAGGGCAUGUCCAGAUAUAAUAGGCUCAAGAAUCAGUCUCAGGUCACUUUACCCAAAAACAUUUGAAAAUCUGAACCACAAUCUCUUGAAAGUUUUUCUCCUAUAGAUUAUUGACAACACAUUGUUUUCUGGAGGCAUUUGUGCCAUUAAGUUUCCAUUUAUCUUCAGUUUUUUUCUUUGGUGUUUGGGAUGUCUUAUUUUGUUGCCUUAUGUCCUUUUCAAUUUAAAAUGUUUGAGUUUGUAUAUAGUUUUGAAAUUGGAUUAUGUGUUCAUUGUUGUUUGGUUUGCAUUUUUGUCAAAUUAUGGUUUUGAAGGUUCAUUUGGAACUUACUGUUAUUCUAUAACAGGGUUGCCCUUGUCCAGUAUUUAUUUAUAUGCUGUUUACUUUUCAAGUUGAUAAAAACAUUCUCUCAAUUCUAAAUUUACUUGUGUCCAUAGGUGAUCUCUUUAGCAAACUGAGAAAAAAAGGAAGAUACUUUUAACAUGCAAAGUUCCCUCAAGGUGUACCGUGUUUUCUCUGUGGGCACUCUUCCCCAGCACUUUAGCAGUAAUUCCCCCAGCUACACGCUGCAGUUGUACUCUGCCCACUCUAGUGUCCCUCAGCUCUGCUGUCCUUUUACUUGUAGCUGGAUCUUUGAUUAUCCUUUGAUUUCCAUGAAAUACUAAUAUUGUUGCCAGCAUAGCAGGUACGGUGGAAGUCUUGUAGCAAUGAGAUUGUAUCAUAAUUUAGGAUUUAAAAUGAAUUAAAGUUUAUAUAAACUGAAGAGUCUCCAUAUGUCAAACUCUUGGAAAAUCAAAGAUGUUCCAAUUUCCUAAACACUAAGAAUACGAGAGAAGGUAGAGUGGAAAAGGUUAGGUAACCUUGCAAAAUAUUUUACUAUUUUCUCUAAAUAUGAGGAAGUUUGAGAUUAUGAUCUGGAUCUACCAGAUAUAACUAAGGUUAAUUUAGCAUGAAAAAGUUUUAGUCAUAUUAGCAUCCAACCUAUUCAGUAACCGAAUCAUAGGACAAUGAUGGAUUAGGAGAACAAUAGAGUGGGAUCAUUAUAAAGAAAAUAAAUUAUUAAAGGUGUCUUUAUCGUUUUCAGUGCCAUUUUUAGUGUCUUUAUUAUAAAUCAAUAUCAGUGUAUUUUAUCAUUCUAUGUGCAUAGCAGAAUUUUCUUUUCCCCCUUUUGUUCCCCUGUGAACUUGGUGCUUAUUAAAGUGUUCACUGUUCUCUUAAAAGAGAGCAGUGGUAUAGGUGUGCAGUUUCCGUGAUGCAGGUUCCAUUUUUAAUAUAUUGUUCCACUUACCCUUUCUUCUGAAUAAAUUGCUAAUUGUGCCAAAUUUAUGUAAUAGUUUUUGUAAUGUGGAAUAAGAAUUAUGAUGGAACCAUUGCACAUAGUUUUUUCUGAAACAACCAGUCAAGGCAGAACAUUAAUCUCCAAAUGAAAGGGCUGAUCUAUUUAUUCAUUUUGGAGGUUAGAUACUUUAUUCUCUUUCCGUCAUCCUUUUCAUUGUUUCCCCCGGAUUCUAAUUAGUUUUUAUUUUUUUUAGAUAACUCCAAUAUAAUCAUUACAGUUUAUGCUUUAAAUACUAUGUGCUUUACAAAGGAAAAUGGGACCAAUUUGUCUGCUAAGAAUUUGAUUUUAGGUACUAUAAGAGUAUUAGGAAGAUAUAUACAACUGGUGUUAAUUUCUAGAUAUUUUCUAGAAAUCACUUGUGUUCCUAUUUAAUAAAAGGUAAUUUAGAAUACUACUUGUCCUUUGCAGUAGUUUAGUAAUGGGCAUUAAGCUGUGUCCUGGAAGGAUGUACCUAUUACUAGGUGCAUUUUAGAAUGAAAUAUUAAUAUUUUAUUAGCAUAUAAUUGUGGCCAUAUAUCUCAGAUUUUCUGAGGCAGAUCUAAUUUUAGAUAAUUCUGUUGGUAGACCAUGUGAUCCUUCUUUUUGGUUUUGGAAAUAUAAUCAUUGUUAAUGUUUUCCCUCCAAAUAGAAUACUGUUUUAUCCAUACAAAUCAUAACAGCAUCUAUCCCAUGCCAGGGUUGGAAACUGAUACUGGUAUUACCUGUGUUUUUUCUUAGUGUGUUUUAUUUCCCAGUUUCAUCUUCUUUUAAAAAUGAAAAUAUGGUGCCUUCCCUCCCUCCAGGAAGACUGGCAAAUAGUUCCUUUUAUUUACUGCUGCUGUGGAGUGAUGAGAUAUGCACUUUACUCUUGAAGAUUCAGCAAAAAGCUUUUCACUUCCCAGUAUAUCCAGAAUACAUCAUAUCUGGGACUUAGGAAAAUUUGCCAAGCAAUCUUUGUUUUUAUAGAUACUAAUGUUGACCCUCUCCAGCGUUCAAUGUUAUAAAUAGAACAAGUCAAGCUAGUGUUUAUCUCCUCCCCCUCCCCAAAACUGUGGCACAGCAUAUAAAAAUGUACCUCAAUAAUGUUCUAUUAAAAAUGGGACAGGGGCCUUAUGUUUUCAUAAUUUCCCAACAAUGUGCCGCCAUAUUUUUGCCUCAAGGUAAAGGUUUUAACAGAUGAAAAAGUACUUCCCAAUUCCCCCUGUGCUAUUCCUAACCUAUAAUGCCCAAAUGUUUUGUGCAAUGUGUAGUGUGUGUGUAUAAAUACAUAUAUUCUUGAAAUAGACAUACCAUCAGAGACAUCAUUCACAAGUAACUGAUGUAUUGGCAUCUCAUUCAUAUUUCUGAUGUGUGAGGUAUAUGGUACUAAUUACCUUUUCCUUGAUGUUUGCCAAAUUUGAAUAAAGGCAUUGGUACGAAAUUACAGAAUGUAAAGAAAAUGUUUUUGGCUUGAAAAAUUAACAAAUAUUUUAUGACAUACCACAGUAUACUCUGCCCAAACCAGCACCCUAUCUAUCUUUCCUGUUCUUUACAUCCCUGUUCCCCAUCCCCCAUCCCUACUUCCUCAUUUUUUUGGGGUAUAACACAGUUCUUUUGUAGCAUCAUUAUAAUUGCAGUUCUAUGGCAAUUGGACAGUUAUAGCAUGGAAACAGACUGGUAUAAAUAGUACAGUAGUCACCAGUGUGCCACAUUUGCAUUAGUAAUGCAAAAUAUACAUUUUAUAAAGGACAAACUUUGUGUUAUGUUUUAUUUUCAUUACAUUGUAUAAUAUUGUAAGACUAUUGUAUGUCCUAAUUUGCAUUAUAAAUGUUUUUUUCCUACGUAAAGGCAUAAAUAUAGCAACUUUGUAUAAAGGUAGCUUAUUAGAUUUUUAAUUUUUUCUUUUAUAAAAAAUUGUCUAACAGUGGGACUACCAUUGCCAAAUUGUAUAUGAAAUAUGAAUUUUACCCCCAUGGUUAAUUUCUUUUAUAAACAUUCCAUAUUUCUCUAAUAAAAGACAAGUGAUACUGUACUAUGCAUAAAUUGUAUCUUAAUGCUGUUUCAGAUCAGCAUUUUAAAUUUUGGUUUGCAUUUUUAAUAUUGGCAAAACGUAACCACUGUUAAUUAAAAUAAAACCUUGUUGUAUAUGUAACAACAUAAUUUGCCCUCUAUCCCUUCCCACCCUUUGUUCUCUAUUUCUCCCUAUCAGUGCCAACUUCAUACAUUUUGUAGCAUGGCAAUAAAAUAUAACUUUUACACUGAGGCCGAGUGUGGCUUUUUGGAGGAAGUGGGGAUGGGAUGAUUGCCCUCUAGUUGUCCUUUGCAUAUGACUGUUUUUUGCCGUAUACGCCAUGUCAUCAGGCAUGAAAAGUUCUCUCAUAUAUGAUGUAAACAUGCUUUUAAGGACAAGUGUGAAUGUGCUUUUUAAGCUUAAUUUUUGUCAUGACAAAUAACUGAUUUUUUUAAUCUUUGGAGAAGUCAGAGUUCUUUACAAUCAAACGUUUAUUAACUGGAGUACUUAGAAUAAGCUAGUAAUUGAAUUUAGUUCAACAAGGGCUAAGCAACACAUUUUUAAAUCCUUAUUUAUUGUAGAGUAUUAGUAUACUGUCCUACAAUUAUGUAAAAUAUGGUUUAAUAUUAGAUGACUUUGGAUUUUGCAAUGCCUUACUGUUGUCAUUCUAGCAUAAAUAUCCAUGAUGAGGUACUCAAGUUGAUACUGGAAGCUGAGCUGAUCAUACACUGACCUGAAGCAUUCAUGAAAAGCUGCUUUGUUGAAUAAAGUCUGAUUGGAGUUCUUUUCAUGCUCACUUUCCCCUUAUUGCUGAAAGUAGAUUGCAAUAAAACCCCAAUAAAACGUUUGGUUGGAUAUCUA